AAAAGGUAGCGGGAGAAAUCUGAAAGCAAAAUAGCGCGAGAAUUUUUCAAUCAAAAACGUCACCGAUGCAAGGCGCCAAUAUUAUGAAAUUAUAUUCCCCGCGCCUCAAUUCAUCAUUUUUAAAACAAAAGAUCUGAACCGUCCACGUAAUCUCCAAAAUCAACCAUAAAACAAAAACUCCACCUUCAGUUUCUUCUUCCCCUCGAUUUCCGAAAACACCAAAACACAAAACAAAAAUGGAAGAUUCUGGAAAAUCCAAUCUCAACAGUAGUAGUAAAUUAUUGAAUUCAUGGAUGCUUAACUUUCAGAAACUCGCUCUCGAACUCAAGUGCUCUCUCUGCUUGAACUUGUUCAAACAACCAGUUUUGCUUCCAUGUAAUCACUUGUUCUGCAGUUCCUGCUUGGUGGAUGGUACUGAGAUUGGUACUUGUUCUAAGUGUGCUCUCUGUAAGACUAAGUACGCUGAAACAGAUGUAAGGCAUUUGUCUUUUCUGGAAAACAUGGUAGCAAUUUAUAAGAAUAUGGAUGCGACAUUUUGUGCUAAUGCGUUUCAGCAACGAUCUUCUGAUAACACGAGGGUUUUGGAGCAGUGCCAAACUCUUCGCAAUUCAACUGGUAGUAAUAAAAAGGCUGAUAAGGUUCUGCACAAUUCACACAUUUCAAAUGGAGUUGGGGUUGGCCAGAAUCACAAAUCUGGAAUUACAAUGAAUGGUAAAGCCGGGGAGCUUGAAAUGUCUCGCAGAGGAGGGGGUAACAACCACAUUGCAGUGAAGCCUAAUUCAAUGAGAUGUUCCCAGACAGAAAUUGGGGGUCAUAUGGAAAUGGAUUUGAAUCAAGUGACACAAUCAGCACCAGAUAGCCCUCCAUUUUGUGACACCAAAGGUUCUGAUAAUGGUUGCAGCGAUCAAAACAGUGAGAAGCCUCUCAAUCUUGAGAGAUCUGAAAAUUCGUCAUUGACAAGAGCAAACACAGGAAAAGGUAAUAUGAAAGAAAGAAUGGCUCAAUUCAGGUCUGAAAGUUCUGCCUCUGAAAAUGAGGAUCUUACGAGAGAUCUUAAGAGACAAAAGAAUCUUACUAAUGGAGAUGGUAUUAUUCAACAACGCACCUCAUUUCAUAAUAAGCUUGUGGAUUCUCCCUGUGACUCGGGCACUAAUUUUGAAAAGGACCCCGGUGCACUCAUCCCUUCAAAUGCACCAAAUGACUUGUGCCCAAAUACUAGCAUCUUCUGCUUGUUUUGCCAGUCCUUUAGAAUUUCAGAGGCUACUGGGCCAAUGCUGCAUUAUGCAAAUGGGAUUUCAGUUGCAGGAGAUGCUGCAAUGCAACCAGAUGUCCUGCAUGUGCAUAAAGCUUGUAUCGACUGGGCACCACAAGUGUAUUUUGUUGGCGAUACUGUUAAGAAUUUGAAGGCAGAAGUGGCCAGGGGAGCAAAGCUUAAAUGCACAAAAUGCGGUCUAAAGGGAGCUGCUCUUGGUUGCUAUGUCAAAUCAUGUAGAAGAACUUAUCAUGUCCCUUGUGCAAUGGACAUCUCUACUUGCCGCUGGGAUCAUGUGGAUUAUCUCUUGCUAUGUCCUGUUCAUUCAAAUGUCAAAUUUCCAAAUGAGAAAUCCAGUCAUGAUAAACAGGCAAUUCAGAACCAUCCUGUUUCAUCUCAUCUGCCAUUUCAACAGUCAAAUCAACAGUUGGGAGCUUCAGAGGAUUAUGGUAAAAAAAUGGUUUUCUGUGGAUCUGCUCUAUCGAAUGAAGAAAAGUUGCUAAUGAUUAAUUUUGCAAGAAAGGUUGGUGCUACAGUGACCAAGUGUUGGACCUCAAAUGUCACCCACGUGAUCGCGGCGACUGAUGCAAAUGGAGCAUGCUCCAGGACAUUGAAAGUUUUGAGGGCGAUUCUAAAUGGACAAUGGAUCCUAAAAAUGGACUGGAUAAGAGCAUGUAUGGAAGCGAUGAAUCUCGUAGAAGAAGAACUGUAUGAAGUUGAUCUUGACAACCAAGGGUGUCAGGGUGGCCCAAAAGCUGGCAGACUUAGGGCAUUGGCCAAUGAGCCAAAGCUAUUCAAUGGCUUAAAGUUUUAUUUUUCUGGUGAUUAUGAUCUGAGUUAUAAGAAAUAUCUUGAAGAUUUAGUUGAAGGAGGAGGAGGUGCUGUUUUGAAAAGCAAGGAUGAAUUGGAAGUAGGAAGAGAUGCAAACUUGCUAGCUGUUUACAAUCUUGAUCCCCCACAAGGAUGUAAGCUGGGGGAGGAAGUUUCAAUUCUUUGGCAGAGACUGAAUGAAGCAGAGGAUUUAACUGCCAAUACUGUUGGUCACACAUGGAUUCUGGAGUCAAUUGCUGCAUGUAAGUUGCAGCCUUUUAGUUAGCUAAAACGCAUUCUGUACCGGAUAUCUUUUUCAUCUUUUAAUAGGAUGUUUAUUUUGCAAAAGUUGAUCAAUUUUGUAUAGGAUUUGUACUGAACUUAUAUCUUGUUCUGGCAUUCAAGAUAUAUCUUGUUCUGGUGUUCAAGAUAUUGAAAGAUGCUAGGUAACACUAAUAGUUAAUGAAAUCCAUGUGGAAUUGAAUAAAUUGUAAGGUAAGUUUUGCUUUUUA